AUGGACUUGGAAGUUAGCAACUCUUACCACCAGCAGGGUGUAGGCAUUGUGGGCGCAGGGCUCGUCGGGUGCCUUGCGGCAUUGGCCUUCAACGCCAAGGGCUUCUCAGUGACCCUCUUCGAGUACAGAGAUGACCCCUCCAAAACCAAGAACGACAAUCUCAGAUCAAUCAACUUGGCGGUUAGCGCCAGAGGCAUCCGGGCGUUGAAGUAUGUGGACGAAGAGAUGGCCGAGCGCAUCUUGGAGCACAUCAUCCCCAUGAAGGGCCGGAUGAUCCACGAUCUUGACGGCAACCAGACGUCCCAGUUGUACGGGUUGUUUGGCGAGGCCAUCAACUCCAUCGACAGAUCCUUUCUCAACGAGUGUCUCCUUGAAGAGAUCCGCCAUACCGACAUCAAGGUGUUGUUCAACCACAAGUUGGUGGCAUUUGAGAAGAACCAUGGCGAAGACCAGACCCCCAAAAUGACAUUCAUUGACACCUCUGAAGGCGAUGCUGCCUCGAAGACCUUCGAGUUCGACUAUAUCGUGGGUGCUGACGGUGCUCACUCACAGUUCAGAACCCAGCUCCAGCGGACUAUGAGAAUGAACUAUUCCCAAGAGUACAUCGACAUGCAAUACAUCGAGCUCUACAUCCCACCCAGCGAGUCGGCCAAAGACGACAGCAAGUUUCUUCUCAACCCUAACCACCUCCACAUCUGGCCCAGAACCAACCAUAUGCUUAUUGCCCUUGCCAACAAGGACGGCUCCUUCACAUGUACAUUUUUCAGCCCCUGGUCGGUCAUCGAGGGGAUCACCUCCACCGAACAAUGGAUCAGCUUCUUCAAGAAAAACUUUAAGGAUGCCUACGAUCUCAUCGGCGAAGCGAGAUUGGCCACCGUGUAUGAGACGCACCCUAGGGGCUCUCUACUUCAGGUCAAUGUUUAUCCCUACCAUAGUCCGGACGGAAGAGCGAUCCUUCUCGGCGAUGCUGCACACUCCAUGGUUCCGUUCUACGGCCAAGGUAUGAACUGCGGGUUUGAAGACGUACGAACCUUGAUGGAACUUAUUGAUGAGAAGGGAGGUGACGUGCUGGAGGCAUUCAGAAGUUAUACAGAAAUCCGGAAGGCCGAUUUGGAUGCCAUAUGCAAGUUGGCCUUGGACAACUACCAUGAAAUGUCACACAAGGUCACCAGCUUGUGGUACUUGACCCGCAAGAGAAUCGACUCCCUCUUGGGUAAACUCAACGGCAAGUACUUCCAGUGGAUUCCAUUGUACACGAUGGUUUCUUUCAGAGACGAUAUCAGAUACUCUCAGGCCAUUGAAAUUGAAAAAAGACAGGGCAGAUUCUUGAACAACAUCCAGUACGGCUUCUUGAGUGCAGUGGCCGUGACCAGCUUGAUCAAGGGCUUACAGAUGUGGGGGAGAAGGACUUAG